ACCUUGCAGUUUAGUCAAUUGAAUAGUAGACUGACUCGUUCAGUUGGGAAGCCCCUGUGCCUCCUCUCUCUCCCUCUCUCGUUCUCCCGCUUUCCAAAAGGUCGUUCUACGGGGACUUCUACUUCGCCAUUGUGUCGCCGGACCCAAGGGAAGGCUCUCCUUCUUCCUUCUUCUGCUCUUCUUUUCUGCGGUCUGUCGUUCCACAGAUAGGCGAACCAGACAAAGCACAGAGGGAAGCCCUAAGAAGAGUGCGAGUUAGAGAGAGAGAGAGAGAGAGAGAGAGAGAGAAGAAAUGGAGGAGGAAGAGAUCGAGAAGGCGGUGAUUGCGUACCUUAAGAGGAAGGGAUUCCGCCAGACGGAGCUUGCGUUACAGGAGGAGCAGAGCAAGAACCUUUCCACAACCAAGACCGAUCCUGACAUCGCUAAGCAGAUACUCUCCUUCUCCGAGGUAGAGAGUGUCCCAGCUCGAUAUCGCGAGGGAUACAGCACGCUGAGGUCGUGGACUUACAAUUCGUUGGACUUGUACAAGCAUGAAUUGCUGCGUGUGCUCUAUCCUGUAUUUAUCCAUUGUUACAUGGAUCUUGUUGCAAAAGGGUAUAGUCAAGAAGCUCGUAAUUUCUUCAAUAGUUUCCGAGAAGACCAUGAGUUAAUGCACCUGAGAGAUUUGCAGAAGUUAGAAGGAGUUCUCUCUCCCUCACAUCUGGAGGAAAAUGAAUUUGCUCGUUCGUUGCGGCAUAACAAAGUCAAUAUACGUAUUUGUCAGUAUUCCUAUGAUCUUCUACUGCAAUACCUGCAGAAAUCCGAGUCAAUGAUAAUGCUUGGAAUAAUAAAUGAGCGUAUCAAUUUCCGAGUUUCCCCUGGACAGCCAGGUUCUUUUACUGAUGAUGCUGAUGUGGUAAGUUUGAUGGGCAGUAGCAAUGAUAUAGCUAAGCAGGUGAAUCAGAAAGAAGUUCAUUGGGGGUUGCUUGAAGACUCUAUAGAGGAACAAUUAGAAAAGGCUGGUUUGGCAACUGAUGUGGAAAAGACAGAAGGUGAAUCCAAAGAAGGAGACUUAGAAGAUAACAAGAAAAGGUCAGCAGAAGGAGGGAAGUCUGGAACUUUAGCCAAGAAAGUAAAGAAGGAUAAGAUCGUUGGUGCAACAGGAAAAAGUAUCCGUUCUGAAGCAAGCACAGUCUCUGUAGCUCCUCGGGUGAAAUCUGAACUUGCGUUGCCUGUGAGGUCAACAGAGGUGGAGCAGGCAUUGCUUGAGGACCUAAGGAACCGUGCAGCACUAGGAAGCUCUGCCCUUCCAUCAGUUAGUUUUUAUACGUUUAUAAACACUCAUAAUAGUUUAAAUUGUUCUACAAUUUCCUCUGAUGGAUCACUAGUAGCUGGGGGCUUCUCUGAUUCAUCUUUGAAGGUAUGGGACAUCUCAAAACAGGGUCAGCAAGUAAAAUCGUACAAUGCGGAGGGUGAUGUUGAAUCUGCUCAUAUUGAAGCUUCAGCAGGGUUGGAAGGGAAAAGGCCUUACACAUUAUUCCAGGGCCAUGCUGGACCUAUCUACUCUGCUGCAUUUAGUCCUUUGGGAGAUUUCAUUUUAACUGCUUCAGCAGAUUCUACAGUUAGAUUGUGGAGCACAAAGUUGAAAGCAAACCUUGUUUGCUACAAGGGCCAUAACUACCCUGUUUGGGAUGUCCAGUUCAGCCCUGUAGGACAAUAUUUUGCCAGCUCAUCGCAUGAUCGAACUGCUAGAAUUUGGUCAAUGGACAGAAUCCAACCACUAAGAAUAAUGGCAGGACAUUUAUCUGAUGUUGAUUGUGUCCAAUGGCAUGCAAAUUGUAACUACAUUGCAACUGGAUCUAGCGAUAAGACUGUUAGAUUAUGGGAUGUCCAAAGUGGGGAAUGUGUUCGCAUGUUUAUAGGUCAUCGAAGUAUGGUUUUGUCUAUGGCAAUGUCCCCUGAUGGUCGGUACAUGGCAUCUGGUGAUGAGGACGGGAUGAUAAUGAUGUGGGAUCUUUCUACUGGUCGUUGUGUUACUCCAUUAAUGGGGCACAGCUCUUGUGUAUGGACCCUUGCUUUCAGUUGUGAAGGUUCCCUUCUUGCCUCUGGCUCUGCCGAUUGCACUGUGAAACUUUGGGAUGUCACUGCAAGUACAAAGAUUCCUAAGGCUGAAGAAAAAGGCAACAGCGCAAGCAGGUUGAGGUCCUUGAAGACACUUCCAACCAAGGCUACUCCUGUUUAUGCUUUGCGGUUCUCUCGAAGAAAUCUUCUGUUUGCUGCGGGAGUCCUCUCAAAAUGAUCUAAUACUUUUUGGAGCGGUGUCCAGCCCAUCAGGCCAUCACGUCUGGAUACCUGGCUAACAAUCUUUUACGCAAGCAAAACUAUUACCUGACAAGAUCCAUCUUUUUGUAAAAUGUAACGGAAUUGUUUAUACAUAUGGUCAGUCAUUAUUAUUCUACUGCAAAAUCUUGGUCGUUGUGGUUCCGGUUUUUUGGGUCAUAAGAAUCUGGUUGGGAGACUGUAGUUUGUUAGAAAAGGAGAAAGGUUCACGUAGAGGACAUAAAAGGACACUGAUAGAAAACCAUGGCAUAUUGCUCCUAAA